CGCGGCCCCCGGCUAGCACGGACUUGCACCGACCUGUUCCACCUUGCUCUCUGACCCACUCGUCUUCUCAUCCCGCCUCCACGGCCCGGCCUUCAGUCUCGGUUUCGAGAACUGGACGGACUCAGCGGCCCUGGUGGCAGACUGACAGCCUGGCCCAGGACCAUCACCCCCUCCCUGGUCGCUCUCCUAACGUGUGCCCUCGCCUAGAAUUAAGAGCGAUUGAGACAGUACUGCAGCAGACUCACAAGCCAUGGCGACAAUCAUGAAGGGCCAAGUGUGUGUGGUGACGGGCGCGUCCCGGGGCAUUGGCCGCGGCAUCGCCCUGCAGCUCUGCGAAGCGGGUGCCACAGUUUAUAUCACAGGUCGCAACCAGGACACGCUGCAAGCUGCCGCGCAGGAGGCACAAUCCCGAGGGGGCCGGUGUAUUCCUGUGGUGUGUGAUUCAAGCCAGGAGAGUGAAGUGAAAAGCCUGUUUGAGCAGGUCAAUAGAGAACAGCGUGGGCGUCUGGACGUGCUGGUUAACAAUGCCUAUGCCGGGGUCCAGGCAAUCCUGAACAACCUUGAAAAGGAAUUCUGGAACUGCCCUGCUUCCAUUUGGGAUGAUAUCAAUAACGUGGGACUCAGGGGCCACUACCUGUGCUCUGUCUAUGGGGCACGGAUGAUGGUACCUGCUCGUCGGGGGCUCAUCGUGAUCGUCUCUUCUGUUGGGGGACUGAAUUAUUUCUUCAAUGUUCCUUACGGCGUGGGCAAGGCUGCGUGCGACAGGAUGGCUGCUGACUGUGCCAAGGAGCUGAGGAAACAUGGGGUCAGCUAUGUGUCUCUGUGGCCCGGACUGGUACAGACAGAAAUGCUGAAGGAUAAUUUAGAAAACAAGACCAAUGAUCCCCUGCUUAAGAAGUUCAAUGUGGAUUUUUCAGCUGCAGAGACCACUGAAGUGAGCGGCAAAUGUGUGGUGGCUUUGGCAACAGAUCCCCAUAUCCUGAGCCUAAGUGGGAAGGUACUGCCGUCCUGUGACCUGGCACGGCGCUAUGGCCUCCGGGAUGUAGAUGGCCGCCCUGUUCAAGACUACUUAUCUGUGAGCUCGGUGCUGUCCCAUGUGUCCAGACUGGGCUGGUUGGCCUCCUACAUGCCUGGCUUCCUCCGCAUGCCCAAAUGGCUCAUCACCCUCUAUGCCGGCAAGUUCUAAGCCUCCUGCCUAUACUGUUACUGCUCAGCUUCCCAUAUUCCUGUGGAGGGAGCCUGCCUGCCUCCUGCCUAGCACACUCCCCUGGGAAAAGGAAACCUCCACAAAGGCCUGGAGAGUCCUGGGGUGCCCUUCAAGGUGACUUGGUUUUCUAGAACUUACAUUUUAUGUUUUGCCUUAGGGUUGAAAAUGCUUCAAAAGUUAAUAAAAAUCUUAUUUCUCUUUCAA